AUGGGUCAGUUACUGUCAGAGCCAAUCGUCGACAAGGCCUCCGAAAAGGGCUGUGACGAGCACUGGCUGAUCUACGGCACCUCCAGCAUGCAAGGCUGGCGAAUCUCGAUGGAGGACGCACACACAGCCGUGCUCGAUCUGAAAAGAGAAGACGGAAAACUGUCGCCCGACAAAAAAAUCAGCUUCUUUGCGGUCUAUGACGGCCACGGCGGUUCAAAAGCCGCUAUAUUUGCCGGACAGCAUCUCCAUAAUAUCGUCGCGCGCCAAGCGGCUUUCGAGAAAGGGGACUAUGAGCAGGCUCUCAAGGAUGGAUUUCUGAGCACCGAUAGAGCCAUCCUGCAAGACGUGAGCUUCGGAAACGAUCCGUCUGGUUGCACGGCAACGACCGCACUCGUCACAGAUUCCAAAAUUUUUGUCGCCAACGCUGGAGACUCGAGAACCGUGCUCGGAGUCAAGGGCCACGCCAAACCACUCUCUUACGACCACAAACCGCAGAAUGAAGGAGAGAAGGCUCGAAUAGUGGCCGCUGGUGGAUUCGUUGACGGCGGUCGAGUUAACGGAAACCUUGCGCUUUCGAGAGCCAUUGGUGACUUUGACUUUAAAAAGAGCCCCGAGCUUCCUCCUGAGGAGCAGGUCGUCACUGCCUUCCCCGAUGUGAUAGAGCAUGAUAUCAGUCCCGACGACGAGUUCAUCGUUCUCGCGUGCGACGGAAUCUGGGACUGUUUGACCUCACAACAAGUGGUUGAGUUUGUCCGGCGAGGGAUCGCCGAAAAACAGGAUCUGCAGCUAAUCUGCGAGAACCUGAUGGACAACUGUCUUGCCUCGAGCAGCGACGGCGCCGGAAUCGGAUGCGACAACAUGACGGUGACGAUCGUGGGCCUGUUGAACGGCAUGACGUCUGAGGAAUGGUACGAUCUGGUAGCGACACGAGUAGCCAACGGCGAAGGCGCGGUCGGCGACCCUGAACUUGGUAAGUCACGACUCUGA